UUGACUCUACCAUCCGUUUGGGCUUUGAAGGUGGUAAAGGUAUUGUAGUAGCCUUAAGCCUACCUAGCUAGCCAGCCAACUUCAAGACAGCAGUAGCCAUCGCCUCAACUCAAUACAAUACUCAACAGCCAACGCCACUGUCAAUUACCAGCUAGCAUCAUAGGCUAGUACAGUGCUAACCGAGCCAAACAAAUAUACAUUUAAUUUAUUUAUAACACACUCCAUACCUGUAUUUUCAUUAAUUCUUGGCCGAGAAGUGUCAGUGCCUCUAAAUUUGGGCUACGUACUUUUUGUAGGUAUACCUACCUACCUUCUUUUGUUUGCUCUUUGCAAACCUGAAGCAAAUAGUUAACUAAGAUUGUGCAUAUCAUUCAGAGCUCACAAAAAAGAUAAGUGAUAAGAGUUUUUGUGCAGAAGGGCAUUCCCACAUCAUCCCAAAACAUGAACAAAAAAUAGUUUUAACCACGAUAACAACUUCCGAAAAAAAUAAAAAACUGUUCUGGUUUAAUUGUUUGUGAAUAAAGUUGACACAGUACGAAGACCGGAGACCCAGUCUUCCAAAUUGAUAAGAUUCAUUUAUAUUAAAACUUACAACUUCAGUUUGCUCUUCGGCAUUAUUCGGUUCGGUACAUAUCAUAAAUAUACAAAAUAGAAAAAUGAGACGACGAAACGUGAAAUGGCUUCUUAAAGCCAUAUUCUUAUCAAUUGUUGCCAUAACCUUAUUUGUAGCUCUCACAAGUACCAUAUCAUCUAGUUCGGCGACGAAUAGAAUUAGUCAAAGCCUUCAGGAGACUAAUGCAAGACUAAAGAAAGACAUAUCACGAUUAUUCCCUGGUGGCGACAGUCACGAAGUAGAAGGAAAUGAAAUAGAAGGUGCUCAACGGCUGCGAAUAGCCGACAAUGUACUAGUGAAAAAUGAUGGUAACAAAAUCGAUUGGCAUGACUAUGCUGCAAUAAGGAAAGAUGCCCAGCGUGUUGGUAUCGGAGAAGGUGGCAAGAGAGCCACUUUGGACGAGACAUAUCAUGACGAAGAGAAGUUGAUGUUCCGACAAAAUGGUUUUAACGCAUUGCUGAGUGAUUCAAUAUCUGUCAAUCGUUCCAUACCGGAUAUAAGAAACCCCGGGUGCAAGAGUAAAAAAUAUCUUAAAAACCUGCCCACAGUCAGUGUGGUGAUACCAUUUUACAACGAACAUUUCAGUGUGCUGAUGAGAUCUGUUCACAGUAUAGUUAAUCGUUCACCACCGGAACUGUUGAAAGAAAUCAUUUUGGUAGACGAUUUCAGUGAUCGCGAAUAUUUGAUGAAGCAGUUAGACCAAUAUUUAGCUGAAAACUUCCAUAACGCACAAGUUAUUCGCUUGCCCGAAAGGACUGGUUUGAUUGGAGCAAGAAUGGCUGGAGCUAGGAAAGCAACGGGUCAGGUGUUGAUAUUUUUGGAUUCCCAUGUGGAAGCGAACUACAAUUGGCUGCCACCCUUAUUGGAGCCCAUAGCUGAAAAUCCCAGAGUUUCUGUUUGUCCAUUUAUUGAUGUCGUUGAUUAUAACAACUUUGAAUAUCGGGCACAAGAUGAGGGCGCUCGAGGUGCAUUUGAUUGGGAGUUCUAUUAUAAGAGACUUAAUUUACUGCCAGAAGAUUUGGUCGACAAAACUAAACCGUUUCGAAGUCCAAUCAUGGCUGGAGGUCUAUUUGCGAUAAGUUCGGAUUUCUUCUGGGAACUUGGUGGAUACGAUGAAGGCCUUGAUAUCUGGGGCGGAGAACAAUAUGAGCUUAGUUUCAAAAUUUGGAUGUGUGGAGGAGAACUUGUCGAUGCACCAUGUUCAAGAGUUGCACAUAUCUACAGAGGACCAAUGGAUUCAAAGAAUCCCAGGAAAACCGAUUACGUUCAUAAAAAUUACAAACGGGUAGCCGAAGUUUGGAUGGAUGAGUACAAGGAAUACAUCUACCAACACAGUCCUGGUCUCUACGAUAAUAUUGAUCCAGGGGACCUAAGCAAACAGAAAGCCAUUCGAGAGAAACUCAAAUGCAAAUCAUUUAAAUGGUUCAUGACUGAGAUUGCAUUUGACUUACCAAAAAUGUAUCCGCCUGUGGAACCUCCAGACUAUGCCUCUGGAACAAUACGCAGUGUUGCCACUCCCAAUCUUUGCUUAGAUACUCUUAACCGAGCUCGACAUUCUAUGGUUGGCCUAUAUUACUGUGCCAACAACCAUGAAAGACCACAAAGUAAUCAAUUCUGGACGCUAAGUUGGCAUAGAGACUUACGCAUGAGAUUUAAAAGGGACUGCCUGGACGUACAGUCCUCGGAAAAGAACGCUCCUGUUUGGCUUUGGGACUGUCAUGGACAGGGUGGCAAUCAAUUUUGGUACUAUGACCGUACGAACAAAUGGCUUAGACAUGGUAAAGAAGCCAAUAAUUGUCUUGAUGCUGAUCCCCAUAAACAACGCGUAUUUGUUAAUCGCUGCAACAAAGACAACAAAAAUAUGCAAUGGACUUUUGGAAUGGUCAAUGACACAGCUCUGGACUCGUUUUUCGAUGAAAGAUCUAAUCUGUAAGGAAAUAAGAAUAAUUGAGAUAUGAUUUAUCAAGAUCGUAUUUAAAAACGAAAACUUUUAAAGUGAUGAAGCCCGCUCGCUUCUGCCAAUGCACCCCUAGCCAUCAUAAGGUAUGUGAUAUAAUACAAAAGACACAGAAAGAGCAAAUUUAAAAAGCAAACUGUAAGAUUUAUUAAUACAAAUUAAGACAAAUAUUUUUCGCUGCGAUUUAAGAAUAAAUGUAUUUAAACCUAUGUA